CCCUGAUAGUCGUUUCACCGGACUCCCAGUCUCCGCUGGCCCCACGGUUGAUCCUGCGCGUGCUGGCGUGCGGCGGAGCUGAGGAUGAGCGAGCAAGGGAAGGGCUCAUCCGCCUCCACCGCGGCCCCGGCUCCGGGGUCGGACACUUACAAAGGCUGGCUCUUUAAAUGGACCAACUACCUGAAAGGGUACCAGCGGCGAUGGUUCGUCCUCAGCAACGGCCUCCUGUCGUAUUACAGAACACAGGCAGAGAUGGCUCAUACGUGUCGGGGAACGAUCAACUUGGCCACAGCGCACAUAGACACGGAAGACGCCUGCAAUAUUGUGCUGAGCAGUGGCGGUCGCACUUACCAUCUGAAGGCGAGCACUGAAGUGGAGCGGCAGAGAUGGGUCACGGCACUGGAGCUGGCCAAAGCUAAAGCCAUCCGCAUGAUGAAUGAUCAGUCUGAUGACUCGGGGGACGAGGAUCCCACAUCCCAAUCGGACCGUAGCGAGAUCCAAGGCACCCUGAAGAUUCUUGUCAGCAAACUCGAUGACCUCAGCACCUGUAAUGACCUGAUCGCCAAGCACGGAGCCGCCCUGCAGCGUUCUCUCAGUGAACUUGAAGGCCUGAAAGUCCCUCUGGAGGGAGGAGAAAAGAUCAAGGCAGUCAACGAGCGAGCCACUCUUUUCCGCAUCACUUCCAAUGCUAUGAUCAAUGCGUGUCGAGACUUUCUGGACCUAGCUGAGACUCACAGCAGGAGGUGGCAGCGGGCGCUGCAGUAUGAGCGAGAGCAGCGUACCCACCUGGAGGAGACCAUAGAGCAGCUCGCCAAACAGCAUAACAGCCUUGAGCGUGCGUGGAGAGAAGCCCCCACGCACGUUUCCAGCACGCCCAGUGCCCCAACCAACAACCAGGGGAAUAAAAGGGUGAAUAAAGAAGAAGCAAGUGAUGAAGAUGAGGAUACUGAGUUCUUCGAUGCCAUGGAGGACUCCCCUGCAUUUAUCACAGUGACUGCCAGUGAAAGCACACAGCACAGGCGAUCUCAAAGCAAUUUGAGUGGAGCAAGCGGCCAGGCCAACGACUGGAACCAGAACGACACUAUGUCUCCUGGCUGUAACGAUGUGUCUGGAAAGGAGCUGCAACCUCGCAGACAAAGGCGGACUCAUAUCCCAGAUAAGCCCAAUUACUCCCUCAAUUUAUGGAGCAUCAUGAAGAACUGUAUCGGCAAGGAGCUCUCUAAAAUCCCCAUGCCUGUAAAUUUCAAUGAGCCAUUGUCGAUGCUGCAACGUCUUUCAGAGGACCUGGAGUAUCAUGAGCUCCUAGAUAAGGCGGCACGCUGCGACUCGUCUCUGGAACAGAUGUGCCUGGUUGCCGCCUUCUCCGUCUCCUCCUACUCCACCACGGUCCACCGGACAGCCAAGCCCUUCAACCCCCUGCUGGGCGAGACUUACGAGCUUGAUCGCCUGGAGGAAUUUGGCUACCGCUCACUGUGUGAGCAGGUAAGCCAUCACCCCCCUGCAGCUGCACACCAUGUGAUUUCCCAAAGAGGCUGGACCUUGUGGCAGGAAAUCACCAUUGCUAGCAAGUUCCGUGGCAAAUACCUCUCCAUUAUGCCUCUCGGCGCCAUUCACCUGCAGUUCCACUCCAGUGGGAACCACUACGUGUGGAGAAAAGUCACCUCCACGGUGCACAACAUCAUUGUAGGCAAACUCUGGAUUGACCAGUCUGGGGACAUAGAGAUUGUGAAUCACAAGACGAAGGAGACCUGCCAGCUCAAGUUCUCACCGUACAGUUAUUUCUCCAGAGAUGUUCCACGAAAGGUGACAGGUGUGGUGGCAGACAGUGGGGGCCAGGCUCAUUACAUCCUCUCUGGUACAUGGGAUGACAAAAUAGAAAGCGCCAAGAUCAUUCAGAGCAGCCGAGGGGGCAGCGGAUCAGAAGGAAAGCAGAAGACCGUCUAUCAGACGUUGUCCCCCAAGCUCCUAUGGAAGAAAUACCCUUUACCGGAGAACGCGGAGAACAUGUACUACUUCUCAGCUUUGGCUCUGACUUUGAAUGAGCUGGAAGACGACGUGGCGCUGACGGACAGCCGACUGCGACCUGACCAGAGGCUGAUGGAGGAUGGCAGAUGGGACGAAGCUAACUCCGAAAAACAGAGGCUGGAAGAGAAACAAAGAGCAGUGAGAAGGAAGAGGGAAGCAGAGGCCACGGACGCUCUGGAUGAAGGUCGAGAAUAUGAAGGCUACCAGCCACUGUGGUUCCAUCAGAGGAGAGACUCGGUCACUGGAGAGACAAACUUUGUCUACAAGGGAGGUUACUGGGAGGCAAAGGAGAGACAGGACUGGCGCAUGUGUCCCGACAUCUACUAACCCAGGAACUCAUCUCAGAUCACACCAACCUCAUCGGACAGGGAGCUGCUCGCUCUCUGGUCUGCAGGCAGUGGAACAUAGCUGGUUUAUGAGCACCACGUGGACCUCUGAGAG